AACGUGUGGCGUGGGAGGGGCCGGGAGUUAAAGGGAGCAGGCAGACAAUUGAACAACCACUUUCACUUUGAGCGUCUGAGUGGAGAACACAAGUGACCAGAGGGAGAAGAAAGGGGCUCGCGUCUCUGCCGCUUUAUCCAUUUAUUAGGUUUAAGGAACCCAGGAGCACUACAAUUUCAGGAAAAUCCCAGGUCCGUAGUGCAAGACAGAGAAAAAAGGAGCAGAAACAAGCUCAGAAAACGAAAGAAGACUGCAUCCUCCUGGGGUUUUAUGGGAAAAUCCAAAAGUGAAAGAGAAUGAUGGGCUGUAAUUAAUGGACCAUAUUUUGGAAAGUACCAGAGGAAGCCAAAAGAAGAGAAUGAACUGAGGGAUGUGAGAGAGAGGACUAAACAUCGACCGCUGAGAGAGAGAAAAGGCAGAAGCGUGCUCUGUCAGAGACCUCAACAAGCCACAAAGAAGGAAACUUUGCCUUUCACAGAGUGACACAGCUGAAGAGUGAUUGCUGUCAACAAGAGAAAUGGAGAAGUGUCCAUUCUUGGAAAGAUAAAAUGCCAGGUCUACUCUUGCUACUGCUUUUCAUCGUCGACUGUGGCUGCUGUAGGUUUGAACUGAAAGGCGUCGAGAACAUAAAGGCCACAAUUGAGUCUAAUCCAACUGGAUUUCGGUCUGUGUUUCCUAAAGAUUAUCGUGUAGUGCACCACUACACCCGAAGCAUGUUGUGCGAAACUGAGCCGUGUUGCGUGUUCUCUGCAGCAGUAGUCCUUGUAGAGUCCUGGCAUGUGCUCCUCACAAACCUCUGGGAUCAACAUCUUAAUUACACAUUCAUCUUAGAGCUGAAGGAGACACUGGAUAAAAUUGUCAAUAGGAACAAAAAUAUAGAGCGGUUCCAGGAGGAGACCGAUCUCGACCAGUACCCCACGCUGUCUUCCUCCCCAGAAGAACUCUUAAAUCUAACAUUAGGACUUUUUGCUCGGUGGCUAGAAGUUGGUUGCUCACCUUCAAUUGAAACUUGUCUUCCACCCACGUUGCCUCCCUCUGUUGAAAGAAAGGACUACGGUCCAGUGAGGGUCAAACUGCUGACCACCCGAGCCAUUAAUAGCGAAGAAAACCAACCUGGCAAAAGAAUAGCCAGUAAACCACCAUCGUCCUGUGGAAGAUCUCUAUCCCUGCCUCGCUCUGCAGCUUUCUGGAGUCCCCUGUUAUUGUUCUUGUCAUUUGGACUCUACUGAUGGCAACAUUUCUUUUCUUUUUUUUUUUUUGCACAAUAAUGCAAAUUUUAUGUGGCACUGAAUGAUCUAUUUUGAGUUUUUAUGCAGUAAGCUUUGAAAAAAAUGAAGCGACAUGCAUUGGCUGAAUAAAAUACCUAAAGUCAAAUAUAAAUAUAU